AUGGUUCGUAGAAUAUUGAUCUACUGUACGUGUUUAAAAUUAUUAUCCUUCGUGAUUGCUUCCCCUUUUUCUAGUAGCAUUCACGAUUAUCCUUUCAUCAUAAAUGCUUCGGCCGUUGACGUGAAUAUAAGACAUAACAAUAGGAGUGUGGAGUGGUGGCAGGUCAUAAAUACUGAUGAUGACUGGUAUAAUUUGAGUGUUUCAUUAUCUCAUGAUGGUAUGAACAACGAGACUUACGUUAUAAAUAGUACUAUAGCGUCACUACACGAUCAGUUGUAUCAGUUGGUCUAUCAGUACGUUAAUUUCACUAAUGAAGCAAGACAGAACUUGAUAACGCAUGUCAGUGAAAGUACUGGAAUAGAGUAUCCUUCUGAAAUUGAUACAUUAGAUUCUUCAGAUAAUCUGGAUGACAAUGAGCCGCCACCUAUAUUAGUGACGUUUUUUGUGGAUACCCAGAUUGAUGAGGUAGAUAUAUUAAGCGUCAUUGGCAAUGUUUCGCUUCCGUUAGAAAAAGAAGCAUUCAUUAAACGCGACAAUAACUUCAAUCUCGAUAAAAGAUACAAAGUAGAUCAUAUUGGGUAUUACAUGGGGGUCUUUAAGAAGUAA